GGAAUUCCACAGGAGCGGGCGGGCUGUUGAUGUAAACGAUGGCGAAGCCCUAAGGAGAAAGGUUGUGCUUUACGAUUGCCAUCCUCGCUUGCGGUGAAGAUGCCGGAGGAGCGGAGACGAAGGGAAGGCGGGGAGGGAGGAGGAUCGUUGUCUCGUCGAGAGGGCCGUGAUUGCGAUGGCAGACGCCUGUCCUCCCGAUCGGAAAGGGAAAAAGAAAGGGAACCCAGUCCAAAAAGAUUCAGGAGACAUGGAAAACCAGCAUCAGCAAGAACAUACUCUCAUAACCAUGAUUUGGACAUUGAUGACAAUAGGGAACGGAAGCAUCUUGGGCGGUUUCAAGAUACUAUGCCAUAUGAGAAUUCUUUAGCAGCAAAUUCUAAGACCCGUGCCUCAAAGUACCUCAUUUUAUAUAACAAUCUUAGGCUACCUUUGCAGCACGAUGAAUGUGGCAGUGCUGGGCAUGGUGGUCAAAGCUAUGUUCACAUAGCUGCUGACGAUGGACGGAGUAAUUUAAAAGAGCAUAAUGGCAGCAUGGUGGACAAGAUAGAGGCAUCUGAUUUGCAGAGGAAACAUGACAGGAGUAAAGCAUGUGAAGAUGACGACAAGUGGAGACAUGAUGGGUAUUUUGAAUUGGAGGCUGAGGCAUCAGCUCCCAGGAAAAGGCCUGCAUUCGGUGAAAAGAAAAUGCCAGCAGAAGAUGUCCCUCCCACUAGAUCAGAAUUCAGAAACCGCCAUGAUCGACAAACUUUUGGUGUUUCAGGACGGAUGGAAAAGGAAAACUACUUUUCACAUGGAGAUGAGCUCGAGAGAUUUUUCCAUCAGGCCGGAGAUAAACAUGAUAGCUGGGGAGACAGAUAUCACCAAAGAAAUGAAACGUACAGAGCUGGUUAUCAGUCGAGAGAGAGGCAUGGUAGCAGGGACACAAGGGGCAGGGAAACUUUUGCUGGAAGAUAUGGCGAGAAAAACACCUAUCGACAGAGUGGUUUGCAAGUAGAAAGAUGGAGGCAUGAUCUUUUUGAUGAAGCAAAUAGAAGCCCAACCCCAAAGAAUGAAGAAGAGCACAUAGCUAAGGUUGAAGCACUGUUGGCUCUGUAGCCAUUGCAUCCGUCAAGACAUCUUGAACGGUUCCAUCUGAUAUUUCUCAAGAGAUAGUGGUGUUUCUUUAGCGUACUCAAAGCAAAAUCACUCAAAAGAGUUUGAUAAUUCUGUAUCUUAUGCUAUUCUGUUGUCUAAAGAUAGCGUGUUUUUUCCUCCUUAUUUUGUUUCUCUUUUGCACGAACUAUGUUUGAGGUCAUAGUUUUUCCUCCAGUAAAUCCGUGUUUUUCUUGAUUCUUAUUCUCAA